GUGUGUGUGUGUGUGAAUUGUGAUGGAUUCACAAAACAAAUCAAAAAAACAAUCAAAUUUCCAUGGUGUGACAAUUAUUGAAGAAACAGAACUAAGCAUUUUCGAUGCGCACAAGUAUUUCAGCGAGACUGAAAUGAAUUCUCCGAAGCAAGAAAAGAAUCCACGUCAGCACCAACGACAAGAACAAUUGCAUGCAUGGCGAUCAUCUGAUUUCAGCUGGUGCGAGAUCAAUGGAUGUUGUAUCUGCUUCUGUUGAAUAUGGAUACGGGAGUAGGGAUUUCCGUACAAGAUCUUUCCGUGGGACCCCCACCGCUUCGUCGGAGGCCAGCUGGAACAGCCGCACCGGCCUCCUUCGGAAUCCUCCGGCGAGCUCUGCCGGUGUAGCUUCCACCGGAAAUUCGCCUUCUGAUGAUCAUUACAGCAGUAGGAAGAACUCUGCUUCUGCUGCUGCUGCUGCUGCUAAGAGAUGGAAGUUUCUUGGAAGAAAAUGCUGCUGCACCGGCGGGAAAUCCGUCCAGGUGGUUAAGACGACGGUGGUUACGUCGGAAUCGGAACAGAAGGGACCCGCCGGGAUAUUCGUCAACGGCGUGAUGAGAAAAACGCCACGUCAGGUGAUUCAAAACGGAAUUUCGCGAAGAAGAAGCUCGUCGUUCACGAGAGAUAUUAUCGAAAUCCAUCAGAAUAAAGCGCGGGUGUCUUCGUCGGGGCGGCCGUUUCUCGACGGCGGCGGCGUUGUGGGUUUCACUUUUCCGAUCCUGAAAAAUUCCUCCGACGUUCAGGCGACUAAAUCAAUCGUUAAUAGUCCGUCAUCGGCGAAAAAUCCCGUCGGUGGUUGUUCUUUUAACCAAGGGAGUGCAGUGGCGCGUGACGAUGACGUGGGGAGUGACGCGAGUUCGGACCUGUUCGAGAUUGAAAGCUUUUCAACUACUCAAACGACGUCGUAUCAUAUGUACCGCAGGAGGGAUUCCGCCGACGAGGAGCCCACUUCCAACGCAAGCAGAAUCAUUGCAUCCUCCAAUAGAAUCGUUCAGUACGGCGGCCGGAAUCUGGCAGCAACAGAGUGUUAUCCUCCAAGUGAGGUCAGCGUGACCACGGCGGAGGGAUUCGACAGGGCUAGGAUCGCCGACAGUACUUCCGCCUUGGGGAAGCGGGUGGAGGAGGAGGGUGGCGGCGACGGCAAGGGUAAUAAUAAUGGACUGAUGGCAAUGGGAUGUCGGCAGGAAAAGGCGGUGAGCGUGGGUCCGCCGGCGUUGAAAUAUUUGGCGGCGGAAGGCCCACCGAUGUUCCCGCUACGUGGGGUUAAUAGGCCGCCACGGGCUAAUAAGCCGCCGCUGGCGAGUUCUCACUCGGCCCGGUUGUCACUCGCUUUUGCGGCUUGA